CUGAAUAGAAUAGUCACAAGUCGGUAGCGAUGUGAGUCGCACGACGGUUGUUCCGUUUCUCGUCUCCGCGCUCAUUCGCGCCGCGCGGUUACCACGAAUUUCGAGAGCGUACUUUGCACCCUUUCUAACUCGCUCUCAACCGCAUCGUUUAUCCUUCUUCAGUCACUCCUUCGAUAUAAUACAGCUCGUUCAUACAAUCACUUCAAUGUUUACAUUCUGCGGUAUCAAGCGAAAAUACAUAACAAGUUUGUACAGCGGUAGCAUCGGGCUGAGAUAGUGCUUUCACGAGGUAUUAUGGAAACCCGGAAGCUAACAGUGAGGUGAUAAACAAAGAAGAUGCCCGUUCUCCGUAACGCCGACCACCCGGCGGGGAAGGCCACCGACUCUGUGGCCGCUCGAUACGGCGUCGCCGUUUUGGGCUCCUGGGCGGCCGAGACAGCCACAUAUCCGUUCGACCUGACAAAAACGAGGCUACAGAUACAGUCAGAAGUUGCCGCAGCCAAACAUGGAUAUAAGAUGGAGAACCACGGGAUGAUAAAAACGGCAGUUGGCAUCGCGAAGCAGGAAGGGGUGCUGAAGCUGUGGACCGGUCUCAUGCCAAUGUUCCAACGUCACGCCAUCUACUCGGGCUGCCGGCUCAUCUUGUACGAGCGCUUCCGGGACGCCUUGAAAGACGAUGACGGGAAGGUGUCGUUAGCUGCCGCAUCUAUAGGCGGGCUGGCGGCGGGGUCGCUAGCGCAGCUGGUGGCGUCCCCCACCGACCUCGUCAAGGUGCAGAUGCAAGCUGAGGGUCGCCGCGUGCUGCAGGGCAAACCGCCGCGCUUCACCAACUGCCGACAGGCCUAUAGGCUACUUUAUACUGAAGCCGGCAUACUGGGCUUUUGGAGAGGUGCCAUCCCUAACGUUCAGCGCGCGGCAUUGGUGAACAUGGGAGAUCUAGCGGCAUAUGACUAUAGCAAACAAUUCCUGAUUCGCGAAUUCGGCAUGGCGGACACAAUGCUAGUGCAUGCUAUGGCUGCCUUCGCCGCCGGGUUCGUGGCCGCAGUUGUGGGCACACCCGCUGACGUGUUGAAGACUCGGCUUAUGAACCAACCCGUCGGACCAGAUGGAAGGGGAACUCUGUACCGCGGCAUGAUCGACUGCGUCCAACAAUCCGUGAAGAACGAGGGCAUAUUCUCACUGUACAAAGGCUUCCUCCCACUGUGGAUGAGACUGGGCCCGUGGGCUUUGAUCAACUGGAUAGCUUUUGAAAACAUCAUGCUAGCUAUCGGAGGACAUACAUUCUGAUUACCGUAUUUCUAUAAUAUAAAUAACUAUACACCAGUUAGCGAAUUUAUAAAACAAAUAUUAAUGGUAAGAUCAGUUUGAGAAAGUAGCGUCUGCCUUAGUUGGUUGACAUUAUUUGAAAUACAUAUAUUACGGUCAGGGGUCAUCCAUAAAUUAUGUCACACAACUUGAUGGCUACAGGGUUUGUGACAAGUAUGGGGGAGCAUUCUUAUCACAAACCCUCACAUUUGUGAGACUCGGCUUCCUAACAUGACAUCACAUCUAGAAAUUGUUAAAUUAAAACAGAAACUGCUCCAAAAUUAGUUUAUUUUCAUUUACAGAUUUGAAUAAAAUCAAAAUGAAUACCUACUAAUAAUAAAUAUUACAAAAUACGAAUAAUAAUAACUAAGAAUAAAGAAAAAAAUAAGUUACAUAAUAUCAUGAAUGACAGAUGGUGUUUGAAAAUGUGACGUCACCAAUCUAAGGACGUCCCCUUGUCACACUAUGUCACACUUCGUCAAUGCUCUUUUCCAAACUUAACUUGUGACGUAAUUUAUGGAGUGCUCUAACUGAACAGUAAGCAAGUGUGAAAUGCUUUGAUUGAAAAUGCAUUUAUUAAACACUAAAAUAAUGUUAUUGACAUCUUUACAGAUUUUUCCAAUGCACAUUGAUCAAAAGAAUUUUCCAAAUUGUUUGUCAACAUUGUAUGCUUUUUCAAUAGUGAUCGCUGAUCAAGAAUUUUUGUAAAUGUAGACCUACGAUGAUAUAGACAUUACUCGUGACAACAGAGACAUAUUGUCGAUCAAUGCCAGCAAAAUCGAAAAUAUCGCUCUAUCUCUUUCGUUG